AUGUCGAUGUCAAUGGGUGACAUGCCCGCGGGCUCCAUGUCUAUGGGAGAUGGAGUCCCCAGUCUAUUCACGCUACAGAAAAUGUACUGGGCUGUUGUGGGGAGUGCUAUCGGCGCAGCAACCCUAGUCAACGUGCUGAACCGCAUCAUUGCUCGGCAUCGUUUGCGAGAUUCCUCGUUCACCCCCGCCAAACCAAAAUCACUUUUCUUCAACCUCUAUGCUACUAUCACAGCAACAGUGCGUGAGGUCAGCUAUGCAACUCCACACCCUCUCAAAAUGGGAGGAUUCACUCUCCAUUUCCCGCCACUGGGCCCGGUCCUCAUCAUGCUGGCCAACCUGAUUACAGUCAUGGUUUUGUGCUUCUACAAACUGGACACGCUUGAUCCCUGGAAAUGGGAAAAUGUCGGCUAUCGCACAGGCUUCAUUGCCAUUUGUCAAUUACCGUUGAUCUUCCUGCUAGCGGGUAGACAGAACAUCAUUGGCUUUAUGGUUGGAAUGAGUUAUGCCAGUCUCAACUGGUACCACCGCUGGAUCUCACGGACGCUAUGGCUGACGGCUACUAUCCAUAUGGGAUUCUGGUUCCGUGACUGGGAUCGCUGGCAUUAUAUCCUCUACCAGCUUAAGAAUGAUCCUUUGACCAAGCGUGGGUUCGCUGCUUGGAUCAUUCUCACCUUCAUUGUCAUCAGCUCUUUCGCCCCGGUUCGUCGCCUCAGUUACGAAUUCUUCGUUAUCCAACAUUUGGUAACCUUUGUCGGGUUUAUUGUUGCUGUAUGGAUGCAUGCACCUUCUGAGGUCAAGACCUGGGUGUGGGUGCCGAUCGGCCUGGUGGUUUUUGAUCGCUUCGCCCGCUAUACCUGGGGCGCAUAUACCAAUCUGGCCAUUUUCCACCGGAAGAAAAAUGCAAAUGCUCUCUGGGCGCACUCUGCGUCUUUCACGCCGCUGCCAGGAAAUGUCACUCGAGUGACUAUUGAGAAUCCUGGUAUCGGAUGGCAACCUGGUCAGCACGUUUUCCUCACCUGUCACUCCAUCGUUCCAUUGCAAUGCCACCCAUUUACCAUCGCUUCUAUACCGGCAGACAACAAGAUGGUGUUCUUCAUCCGUGCAGAGAACGGAGGAACAAGGCGAUUCUUCCGAUUUGCAUCAAAAAAUGGUAGCGUGCUGAGAAGUGGUGAGGUAGCUCCCCGCGGACGAACAAUUUUCGUUGAAGGACCUUACGGAAGCAUGCGCCCCUUGCGUCAAUUUGACAGCGUCGUCCUGCUAGCGGGUGGAAUGGGCGCGACAUUCACGAUGCCGCUACUACGGGACGUUGUCUCUGCCUGGAAAAACGAGAACAUUGAACAGACUUCAAAUUCUACUCCCCGACUGGCUGCCACCAAGCGAUUACGGUUUAUCUGGGUAAUCAAAUCGCGCGCUCAGCUGUCUUACUUUGACUCCCAGCUACAGUCUCUGUUAGCAGAUGUGGAAGAGUGUCGGCGGACACAGACACACUUUGAGAAAGAGCUCGAAGUGAGUAUCUACAUUACCUGUGAUGAGAAGCUGGAUCCACCUACGAUUGCUUCGGCAACUUCUUCUCUUCCGGCGCAGAGUGUCGCUCAAGAUAUAUCAAUCUUCGACGAAAAGAAGGGCUCUGGAGUGGAUCACGUCUCCAUCCACUCCGUCUCCAGCCAGUCAGCGUCAAACCAAAAUCCUAAACUCACAGGAGCCGGUUGUCUCCCCGGCGGAGGAUGCUGCUGCACCGCCCAAAUCGAAAACGAAGACGAGAUCACCAACUGUAGCUGUACCUGCGCCGGACCAGCCCUUGUUCAGCCCGAGAACGUCACCCCAGAUCCCAAAACAGCAGAUACGCAGUCCAUUGCAUCCGAUGGUCCUAUGAAGAUCAUCAUCCAUCCGACAAUUGUCUCCGGCCGUCCCAUGCCGCGUACUAUCAUCCGAAAGGUCUUGGAAAAGGCCGAAGGCGAAAGUGCCGUCGUUGUGUGCGGACCCCGAGGGCUGGCAGAUGAUGUGCGCCGCAGUGUCGUCUCUCUUAGCGAUGAGCGGGCUGUUCAUAAGGGAACUGGUGCGCAGGGGAUCUACUUGCAUAUUGAGAACUUUGGUUUGUGA